AAAAAAAACUUUCCAAAUUAAAUUGAAUCUUAUGAAUUACUAUUACAUAGAAAUUCAAUAUAAAGAAUCUCUAUCUUGAUAAUGUGUCUCUAUUUAUAGUAAUAAUAAUUUGACAAAGCAUGUAGACAAUAUGUCAUUCAAGAUACAUUUUUGUUUACAUUGAAUCUUAUAAGUUUAUGACGUUUAAAGAACAGUUGGUUUCCAUUGAAACAUUGCUGUAAAUAACUGAAUGACAGGUUCUUGAAAGUGAAAUCUGAGUUCAAGAAAAUAAUAAGAUAAAGAAGAAGACGGAGGAGAAAGAAAGAAGGAGAUAAAUGGCGAGUUCGAAAGGGGAUUCGGGUCCUCAGUCGAGGUUUCCGGAUAAGAAUCAAUCUCACAUCGAAACAAAAGUGGUAGAUGAUGAAGAAGUGAACGACAGUCCAAUAGAGCAAGUAAGGCUGACAGUUCCGAUCACCGAUGAUCCAACGCAACCCGUAUUAACAUUCCGAACAUGGUUGCUCGGGGUGAUAUCGUGUGUUCUUCUAGCAUUCGUGAACCAAUUCUUCUCAUACCGAACCAAUCAGCUCGUUGUCACGGCAGUUUCAGCACAAAUUGUGGUUCUUCCGCUAGGAAAGAUGAUGGCUGCAAUUCUACCAGAAAAAGAAGUGAAAUUUCCGUUCACGAAAUGGUCGUUUUCGUUGAAUCCGGGGCCGUUUAAUGUGAAAGAACAUACGUUGAUUACUAUAUUUGCAAACUGUGGAUAUAACGGUGUUUAUGCUGUUCAUAUUCUUACUGCUGUCAAGGCCUUUUAUAAGAGGCCUCUGAAUCCUCUUGCUGCUAUGAUACUCGUGCAAACUACUCAGUUGCUUGGUUAUGGAUGGGCUGGAAUGUUCAGAAAAAUCCUGGUUGAUUCCCCGUUCAUGUGGUGGCCUCAAAACCUGGUGCAAGUUUCUCUAUUCAGAGCAUUACAUGAAAAAGAAAAGCGACCAAGAAACGGACUGAGUCGAAUCCAAUUCUUCACAAUGGUAUUCAUCGGAAGUUUCGCUUACUACAUUAUCCCUGGUUACCUUUUCCCUUCCAUUUCCGCCUUUUCCUUCGUCUGCUGGAUAUGGACAGACUCUGUCUUCGCUCAGCAGCUCGGUUCGGGGUUAAACGGCCUCGGAAUCGGCUCCUUCGGCCUCGACUGGUCCACCGUUAGUAGCUUCUUGCUCAGUCCUUUAGCCGUACCGUUCUUCGCCAUUGCAAACACUAUGGCCGGGUUUAUAAUCUUUUUGUACAUUUUGGUCCCUAUUGCUUACUGGACUAAUGCUUUUAAUGCCACGAAAUACCCAAUUAUUUCGUCUCACACGUUCGAUUUUGACGGUCGACCGUACAACAUUUCGAGAAUUCUGAACGAGAAAAAUUUCGAUAUUAAUUUGACGGAGUAUAACGAUUACAGCAAGCUUUAUCUGAGUGUUCUGUUUGCGUUUGCGUAUGGAUUAAGUUUUGCUUCUCUCAUGGCUACUCUUUCUCAUGUUGCUCUCUUUGAUGGAAAGAAUAUAUGGAAAAUGUGGAUGAAGACAAAGGGAGCAAUCCAAGACCAGUUUACAGAUGUUCAUACAAGACUUAUGAAGAAGAACUAUGAACAAGUUCCAGAGUGGUGGUUUUUGUCUAUUGCCAUUAUAUCCUUGGGUUUAUCCCUUCUUGCAGUUGAAGGUUUUAAUAAAGCAUUGCAGCUUCCAUGGUGGGGACUUAUUCUUGCUUGUGCUAUUUCAUUUUUCUUCACUCUACCCAUCGGAAUUAUUCAGGCCACCACCAAUGUGCAAAUGGGGCUAAAUGUGAUAACAGAGUUGAUAAUUGGAUAUAUGUAUCCUGGUAAACCUCUUGCAAAUGUGGCUUUUAAGACCUAUGGAUACAUUAGCAUGACUCAAGCACUCAUGUUUGUUCAAGACUUCAAAUUAGGCCACUACAUGAAAAUCCCACCUAAAGCCAUGUUCUUUGUUCAGUUAGCUGGAACAAUAAUAGCUUCAUCAGUCUGCUUCGGAACAGCAUGGUGGCUUCUAACAAAUGUCGAAAACAUCUGUAUUCCCGACAUGUUACCCGAAGGUAGUCCAUGGACAUGUCCCGGGGACGACGUUUUCUACAACGCAUCAAUCAUAUGGGGAGUCAUCGGCCCUAUGAGAAUGUUUGGAAAACUAGGUGUCUACACAAAGAUGAACUGGUUCUUCUUGAUAGGAUUAGUAGCCCCAGUUCCGGCCUGGCUACUUGCGCGAAAAUAUCCGAAUAACAAAUUUAUCAAGAACAUUCACGUGCCGGUUCUGAUACAGUCGAUCUCAGGUAUGCCGCCCGCGAAAGCUGUGCAUUAUUGGACUUGGGGAGUUGUCGGAACUUUUUUCAAUUACUAUAUUUAUAACAGAAGCAAGGGGUGGUGGGCUAAGCAUAACUAUAUUCUGUCGGCUGGUCUUGAUGCUGGCGUUGGAUUUAUGGGCAUUAUUAUUUUCUUUGCUCUGCAAAACUAUAACAUUUAUGGUCCCGAUUGGUGGGGUUUGCAGAGCAGCGAUCAUUGUCCGUUGGCUAAAUGUCCGACUUAUCCCGGGGUUGUCGCCGAGGGAUGUCCGGUUGUUCAGUGAUAUUGAAGGUAGCGAUUUAGAUUUAUGCAUGAAAUUUGUAACUCCAGAAUGUUUUUUAACUUAUGUUUCAAUUUGAUUUGGUGUUAUAUAUUUGAAGUAGAAUGUAGUUAGACUUGAAUUCUUUUUCAUUUAAGCUAUGUAUUGGAUUGUAAUAAUUAAGAAGCAAUGUCAUAACGUUCAAUAA